AUGGGAGGCGCUAAGCACGAAUCACGUGCCGCGAUUGAAAAACGUCGAAAUCCGAAGGCGAGAGACGUCAUCUCCCUCAACUUGCAAGAUCUGCAGGAGUACUUUGAAACUAGCUGCUACUAUGACAGGACUCGCUUGAUGGACUCUAGACGUGGCGAGUCUGACACCCCAGAUCUGCUCCACAGCCCUCGGGCGGCCAACGCACCAGAAUAA